AUGGACCCAUGCUACUUCUAUACUGGAAAAUUGACAAGAAAAUCCGAUGUUUACGCAUUUCGAGUUGUAUUGUUUGAGGUGUUGUCUGGGAGGCAAGCUGUAGAUUCAACCCUUGAUGAAGAGCAAUGGGGCUUAGCACCUUGGGCCCAAGGCCAAAUCAAAGAGGGAAAAGUCAAUCAAAUUAUGGACCCUAGAAUGAUGGGACAAAUCUCAAAAAAAUGCUUGAAGGAGUUUGCAAGCUUAGCAAGUCGUCGUUUACAUACCCAACCAAAGUGUUGGGUUGAUGAAAGAACAUAUGCACCAACAAAAUUUGGGGUUGGUUUGGCGAUUUAUGUUAGGAAAAAAUAUAUUGAAACGUGGAAGCUCGAACUUGAACUGGAAGAUUUUAAUCAUCCAAACCUUGUCAAACUCUUGGGAUAUUGCUCUCAAUGGGGAGAACUUUAUUGCUUUUACGAGCUUUUUCGUGGCACUACAAGUUUAGAUAAAUAUCUUUUCAUAGAGCCAGUUACCACAUCACUUCCUUGGGUUUUAAGACUGAAAAUAGCAGUAGGAGCAGCUAAAGGCCUGGCUUUCUUACAUCGAAGGAAACAUCCAACAUAUAGCCAAUUUAAGACAAAUCGUAUAUUGGUGGAUAAGGAUUUUAAUGCUCUACUAUCGGAUUUUGAAGUGGAAAAUUUAUACGCCACAAAAGAGCGAUUUGGUUAUGUACUUGAUGGAUUGGCUGGUAUUUGCAGUUCACUACCUGAAGAUGGUGCUGGAGUGAAGAGUGAGAUCUCUGCUUUUGGAGCGGUACUACUCGAAAUACUAACAGGGAUGAAGCUGUAUGAUGAGAAGAGUCCCUUAGGAAAGCAAAAUUUGGUGGAAUGGGCUUAUAUAUUUCUAGCAAAUGAGUUUAAAUUGGGAUUGAUUAUGGACCCACAACUUCAACAUAAUGGUUAUCCUCCAAAAGGAGCAUUCAAGUUGGCUCAACUUGUUUUAAAUUGUCUUCAAUCAACACAAACUGGAUGCCUUUCGUUGAAAGAAAUCGAGCAGGUCUUGUGUGGGUGCUACAAAGAAGAAAUCAGAUCAGUGUGCAGUUAA